AUCGAAACUUCCUGUUUUAAAGCUUCAUAUUAUCGUUUAGUUGUACCGUGAGUUUUUUGUUAUUUUUGAUACUAAUAAAUAGUUUAUGAAUAAUCCCAGUUUAUACCUAUUGAAGUAAACCUAGGUAAACUAAAUAAAGUUAUUUUUAUAGAUAUAAGAUCAAGAUUCUAAGUAAACGGAGUCCAAUUGAUCAAUUCGUUACCUAUUCGUUUGCGGUGCGUUCUUUAUGCUAACUUGAUAUAUGUGUUUCAGCUAUUGUAAUACAAUGGGGUACACAAGAGUUAUUCAAGUCGCAAAUCUGUCUCCCUCCGUGACAAGAGAGCAUAUGCGCAAUUUGUUUUAUCCAAUUGGUCGAAUAUCUGACAUGAAGCUAUUUCCGGAGCGGGAUAAUCCUGUUAUACCGGUUGCAACAAAAAUUUUGUUUAUAAAGUUCGAUAGUUCUGAAACAGUUUCAGUUGCAUUACAUUUAAACAAUACUGUAUUUCUUGAUCGAAUGAUAGAUGUGAGGGCUUAUGAACCAGGUAAAAUUCCCGAUGAAACAACAGCUUUACAGGCUGCAAAUGCUCUUAUGAUGAGCCAUCAGGCUACAAUGUCUCAUUUACCUAUGAGAGAGGAUGAAGUAAUGAAGACCAUUAUCAAUCCUAAUCAAAAAAAGAGAGAGGAUCAGAUAGCAAGAACAGUUGUAGCUUCUAAUUUGCCUGAUGUAAGUAUUGAUCAAGUUAUGAACUUUUUCUCCCAAGCGGGAGAUGUCAAGUUUUUGAGAGCUGCUACUGGAAUAGAUGAAAAUGGAAUAGAAGUUCGAGGGGCUUUUAUUGAAUACGCUGCUCUGAAUUCCGUUUCCGUUGCACUAAGCUUGAAUUCAGCAUUUUUUGAGAAAGAAACGAUUAUGUAA